ACUAAGUGUUUUUAAAAUGCUUUUACUUGUGUACAUAUUAAGGAGUUUAGGUGUAAAAUAAUGACGUGUAUCAGGUCAAGAUAUUAAGAAAGAUAAAUUCUACUUGAUUAAUUUGUUAAUGUAAAAAUUGAUAAUGUUGGCUAUAAGACGGCAAUUACAUAAAGCAAUAAAUGAAAAUGACGUAACGCAAAUAAAAGUAAUUCUACAUUAUCACAGAUUAAAAGUAGACUUUGAACACCGUAACAGUGAAGGUAAAACACUUUUACACGAAUGCUGUGAAAAAGGAUGUUUGGAUAUUGUGCGUUUGCUUGUAGAGCAAGGAGCGCGCAUUGAGUCAACUGACUUAAAUGGGAACACGUCAUUGCAUUACUCUUGUCUUUACGGUCAUAUUAACAUUACAAGAUAUUUAAUAUUAAACUGUGCAAAUUUGUACUCAAGAAAUAAUGCAGGUCUUUUACCUGUUGAUGUAUGUUCACACUCAGAUUUAAAGAUUUUAGUCGAAAUGGCUAUGAACAUUGACACUUUAGGUGGUAAAAACAUGACAAUUGGUAGAAUUCGCUCUAAAAAAACAAAUAUAAAUACAAUAGUUAACGUAAAUAAUUCGUUGACAACAAACUGUUUUAAUCAGGAAAUUAUUAAAAAAAUAAAAAUUGAGGAUUGUAAAAAUGAGCACAAAGGUAUAAAGAUUGAAGCCAGUAAUCAAUGCCAUGAGCAAACAAAUAUUGUUAAAAAAAAAAGUAGCCUUAAACUAAAGGAACCAAAAUGUUUACCGAAGCACAAACAAAAGUUAUCACUCAAAACAAAUGACAUUAAAAAGUCUUCAAGCGAAGCUGAUAUUCGGUGCAUAAACGCUGAAGUUCAUCAAAUGAACUGUAUUAAAAAAGUUAAAAAUACCGAUCAUAUUAACCUAGUCGGUCUAUCAAUACAGUAGUUGUUCAACAACUUUUUCAACUCAUAAUUUAAAAGAUAUUAUGAAAUAACUACUUUAAAGUUGUCGUAAAUAGUAAAGUAUUUUUUUUUUAAUAAAAGAAACAAAUAUUUUAAUAACAUCUAUCAAAACACAUGAAAAACUUUUGGAAUACGACAAAUGAGUUAGCAAAAUAUGAAAACAGCAAUUAAUCAAAAGAAUGUCAACAGAAACAGUUUUUCUUUUUAAUAUUUUAAAUAAACUCAAAUACAUAUUUAGUAAAAGAAAUGAAUAAUUUAUAAAAUAUAUAUUAUAUCAAAAUGGAAUGUAAUCGUAGAUUUUUUUAUA